AUGGGCAAGGGCCAGAAGUACUUCCCGCCCGCGAAGAGAGGCAAGUUGCGCGCCUUCUUGAAGGGCACUGGCAAGAAGAAGGCUGUCAUGAAGAGCACCGCAGCGAUGGAGAUGAAGAGGGGAGAUGCCCCCAAGACUCGCGCCCCGGAGAGCGUGCCAUACGUGCGCCACGGAGCCUUGACGACCAAGUCGCGGCGAGACCGCGAACAGUGGGCACGCUGCCUGAAGGACAUCGUGAACCGCCCCCUGAGGACUAUCAUCAACUUGCUCAAGAAGGAUGGCGUCCUGCCCGAAUGGCACGGCGUGGCUUGUCCGCACUGCCAGAGGUCAACGCUCGGCCCUCUCAAGGACUUCGGGGCGAAGGGGGGCGGGUGGGCGCACAUGUGCAAGGGCAGAGACUGCAAGCGCCGCGUACUGCCCCAUGCCUUCCACCCUAUCUUUCGCGUCGGUACUGGGAAGUCCCAUGCUGGGCUUGGUGGCCAGGCUGCGAUCUUGUUCUGCGCUGUAUCUGGGUGCACGCAGACGACAGUUCGCUACCUGCUGGGAGAAGAGAAGAAGAUCCGCUUCGGCGAGGAUGUCGAGUGGCCCGACGUCGAGGCGGACGAGGUCGACGUUGCCAAGGGCGAGGACCCAGACGCCACCUCGCGCACCAAGAAGCCAGUGGCGUGGGAGCAGUGGGGCGGGAUUGUCCAGCGCGGAGACCCUAAGUCGCUCGUCCUCUUCAGGCUUCGCCCAGAGAAAACAGUGCGGAGGGCGCCAGGCCCAGGCCCGAUCCGCAAGCGCGACUGGGCCCCGCUGGCCAAGAAGUGGCUCAAGCAACGCAAAGCCAUGCUCCACACAGACGGCGCCCGCUCCUACAAGCUGCGCGUUGACGGCGUGGUCCACGACUGGGUCGUCCACAUGAAGAAGCGCGUGAAGGUGAACGGCAAGUACGCGUGGGUCAAGCCAGCCUUCACGAAGGUCAGGUAUCACGACAUUGCAGACAAUGGAUGCUCCAACAAGAAGAAGCGCAUCUGGGUGAAGUGCGGGACCCAGAUCAUUGACCGCGCCUGGGGCGGGUUGAGGCGCCACCUUGGCCCCAACCGCAAGGUGAACUCCCGCGCGCUGGCAAACAAGGUGAGGUCCUUCCAGUGGCGCUACUGGAAGAAGGGCGAGGACCUGUGGGCGCAGACGGGCAAUAUGCCCACCGCUCUGUUCCAGCAGCAGCACGAGUGA